AGCAUUUGAAACUAAUAGAAAGUGAAUAAUUAAUUGUAUUACUGUGAUUUAUUUCUUAUGCUGAAAAAUCUAAUAAUAAAUUGAUUGGUUUGUAGUUGAAUUAAUUGUCAUGUUAAUUCAACCCUUUUCAUUUAAAUUAACCAGAUUAUCGAGAUUAUUUGUUGUGUUGCUCAUCUCAACGUGUUUUAUAAUUUUAAUUGUAAAUCGCACGGUUGAUUUUAAAUUGUAUCAAACUAAAUUGGAACACCCAGUUGUUUAUGUCAACCAACCAGUUUCAACAAUUAACGGAUUAACCGUUAUCCUCCUUUGGACAGAUUAUUAUGAAGAUCCAACUUGGGGUGGAUUAACUGAGCAGAUUUUACCCUGCGGGUGUUUAAUUACUCGUGAUCGUGCAUUAUUGCCUCAAGCAUCAAUUGUUGUCUUUCAUUGGAGGACAUUUGAUGCAACCGAUGUACCCAAUAAAUAUUUAAAUCAAACAUGGAUCUGGCAUCAUAUUGAAUCGCCGGCUUAUACUAAAAGGAUCCGAUUAUUGCAACAAUUUAAAGAGCACAUUGAUUGUUGGGCCAGUUAUCGACAAGAUUCUGAUUUUGUGGUUGAUUAUGGUCGAUAUGAGGAACUAGAUAAACCUCGAGAGGUGAAAAAAGUUUCCGUCUCGAGUAAACCCAAAUGGAUCGCGUGGAUGGUUUCCAAUUGUGGGGCUAAAAGUGGCCGUGAUGAGUUUGUCCGACAAUUGGCUAAUUAUAUACCAGUUGAUAUCUAUGGUUAUUGUGGGACAUUACGAUGCUCAGGUUAUAGUCAUUUUCGAGAACGUGAAUGCUGGGAAAUGAUUGGAAAAGAUUAUAAAUAUUAUCUGUCUUUCGAGAAUUCAAUUUGUAAAGAUUAUUUUACUGAGAAAGUAAUCGAAGUUCUCAAUCAAGAUUUAAUUCCAAUUGUAAUGGGAGGUGCUGAUUAUGGUAAAUUAGUGCCAAACAAUUCAAUCAUUGAUUCCAGGAAAUUUGGUUCACCGAAAUAUCUUGCGAUGUUUCUUAGGUCACUUGCUACUGAUGAAGAUCGGUACAAUUCUUACUUCCAAUGGAAAGCUAAUUAUUCAGCUUUUCUCAGAAUUCCAACUCAUUACAAUGAAAUUUUCUGUGAAAUUUGUACAACAAUUAAGAAUACAAAUGGUAAUUCUUGUAGAGGUAAACGUGAAGAUCUAAUUGAUUGGUGGUUUAAAGAUUCUUGUCACAAUCCUUGGCGAUUUGAUCAAGAUACUUAUUUGUAAAAUCUAUUAUUUUAAAUUAUUAUUUUUUAAACGGAACAAUAAACUAAUUUAAUUAAAGA